AGAGCCUAGCUCCAUUUUCGCGCUCUUUAACCGCUUGAAAUCACACAGUCGAUUUCACCCCCUCUCCUUCCGCACAGGUUCGCUUUCCGCCUCUCCCGUCAUGCUGCGCCGCACCGUCCCGGCUGUGAGCUUCACGGCCUCCCAUCGCGCGCUCAUGAUGCGCCCGAGCCGCCCUCUUCUCGGAGGCGACAUGCAUUCCACUGACCGCUUCAAGGCUGCGUGGGACGAGAUUCCGCUGCACCUGCUCGGCGCCUCCCGCAAGCAGGCCUUUGAGUGGUACUGGCGCGCUAUGUUCCAGCUCGGUCUCCGCGAUCCCUACCGCAUGACCAAGCUGCGCUCCAUGAUCAACUGGGCAGGCUUCUUUUCCUUCCUGUACCUGACCUACAUCUCCAUCUUCUACUCGUCCUUCUACCACAUUUACAUGCAGGACUGGCCGGAACACUUCAAGCGUGAGAACGCCCGCGACUACGCUCUGUCGCACGGCCACGACGUGUGGGCUGGCGAUGGCAAGUUCAUCCGCCCGUACUUCCACAUCAACCCGCCGAUGUUGACGAUGACCGCGGAGGACAUUUAA